UUCUUCCGAUAUUGUGAUCGUGACUUGAGUAUUGUCAAGUGAAUUUGAAUCCUGUGUUAUAUCCUAGAAAUUUUAUAGUGAAUAACUAGUACAGUGCACCUGAAAAAACUGUUAUUUGUGUAAUAUCCGAGUGAGAUUAGUGGAAAUGCUCCAGUUGUAACAUUUCAUUGAUAUUUACUCGACAAUGUCUCAAUCAAAACAUGAUACUGCGAUUCACUUGGUCGCAGGGGGGAUAGCGGGAACUAUGGGUGCCAUAGCAACUUGCCCACUGGAAGUAGUCAAGACGCGACUGCAAAGUUCGACUGCAGGUCUUCAAUUCCAAGUUCAAGUACAAACGCAACCGCUCAGCAUGUCUCGAGUUUCCGAUCAGCCAGCGACAAUGUCCUGCAGGACAUUACAAAGGCCCCAGCAAAGGCGAAAGUUAUGCACAACUAUAUUGAGAUCUAGGCCACAGGUUCUUGCAAUAUCACACUGCGGAAUGUCUUCGUCAGCGAAAACAAUGAACUUAUUACAAUGCAUUAGACAUAUAGUGGAAACAGAAGGACCUCGAGCCCUUUUUAAGGGUCUAGGACCAAAUAUUAUUGGCGUCGCUCCUUCUAGGGCGAUCUAUUUCUGUGCGUACAGUCAAGCUAAAGUCUUCCUGAAUAAUUUGCCUACUGAAGCUAUACAGGCUGAUUCACCGCUUGUGCAUAUACUAAGUGCCACUUGCGCAGGAUUUGUGGCAUCUACAUCAACUAACCCAAUAUGGUUUGUAAAAACCAGGUUGCAGUUAGAUAAUCAGAGCAUUGGACCACGUAUGACUGCCUGGCAGUGCAUGAAAAGGAUAUAUAACAAAAGUGGGUUUCUGGGUUUUUACAAAGGCAUUAGCGCUUCGUACAUGGGUAUAUCAGAAACUGUGAUACAUUUUGUGAUAUAUGAAGCAAUCAAAGCGCAUCUUCUUGAGAUGCGAAACCGGAAUCCAAGCCAGGCUAAGACAUCACGCGACUUCUUCGAGUUCAUGCUGGCUGGAGCCAUCUCCAAAACAGUAGCUUCUUGCGUCGCAUAUCCUCAUGAAGUGGCGCGCACGCGACUGCGCGAAGAAGGAAAUAAAUAUCAUUCUUUCUGGCAAACAUUGGCUACUGUAUUCCGAGAAGAAGGUAGGGCAGGUAUUUAUCGUGGUUUAGCUACUCAACUAGUCAGACAAAUUCCUAAUACGGCGAUCAUGAUGGCCACUUACGAGUCGGUCGUCUAUAUAUUAUCAGCGCAAUUUAACACGGAUUUUUAUGCGAAUAAAAAUGCCGCUGCAGGCAUAGGUCCCCACCAUGAUGGGCAUAUUUGAAACUAUAGUCUUUAUUAGUCUAGAGCUUCUCAAUUUAUUAUUAACCCUUUAAAUGUUCACCUUCAUUUAGCAGAAUGUUUUCAGCCUGCUUUCUUCCAGAGAAGACAAGUGUAACCGGCAUAAA